AUGGAGAUUGAGUCGAUGCCCCCAGUUGUGUGUCUCUCGAACCCGAGACUAGCAAUUAUUGUCACUAUUCGUCGGGCAGAGGAUGACUGUGAUAAGCCCUGUAUCUUUCGCUGGAGCAGCAUAUAUGAUGCAUGGGGUCCCUCCGGCUUCGUAGUCUUUCAACACACACCAGAUGGUCUAAAAAGGGUCGAAGGAACGCCUGGACGGCCACCUCCUCGGACUGUCAAGAUCACAGGAUAUGAAUUUGAAACAGAAGAACUUCUUCCUGGACAAACUAUCAGUCGAAAUAUAAACUCUAUGAGCCCCUUUUUGGAUCAUAUGGUGGUCGGUGAGAGAUAUGAGCUAGUUUGGCUUGGGGCUGAAUAUGCCUUGUGGGCUUGGGGCACCUUGCGCGACCAUUGGGAGCAAGAAAUUGGGGAUAACUCCAGGCUACCCCUUGUUGUCAUCCCGGGUGGGGCCUCUCGCUCUUUUUACGGCGUAGAUGUGGAAGAACUUGCAGAGCCAGAACCGUACGAGCCUUCUCUGAUAGAGAAAUCGGAUCGAAUUCCUGGAGCCCCUUGCAUAUGUGUGUUUCUGGAAAGUCCAUCAGAAAUGUCCAGAACAGAAGGAAUCUCUAUCACAAUGAAGAUUACCUAUGAUGGUCUUACGAAUGAGGACCACGGGGCGAUCAAUGAUGACACAAAGCCGAUCAUCAUCCACAAUUAUCCUUUUCGUCAUAGUCACUGUCGACUGCAACGCCGUUGCCCCGAUUACGAUCCGUCAAAAGAUUCAAGCGGGGAUUCUACACAGUGGAAGACCUAUUAUGACAACGAAAGAAAUCCGGGCUGGAGGAUUGUAGAUGAACCGGAUGUUGAGAUCAACGUCACGGAUUCCGAGUAUUUCCGCGGCCUUAAACCCGGAGAAUCUUUUGUCAAAACUCUUCAACUUGAAGAUUUCCACUUGCAUCCCGAUACAGUGGUCGGCGACACAUAUCGUUACCAGUACUGUGGUGGCUGCGUCGACUGGUGGGUUUGGGGUGAUUUCAAAGAGCAUGCAAAUACAGUAGUGAAAUUGCCAUGUUGGCUGCAAGAUUAUGUCGUCGACCCCGAUGAUAAUGAUGGAAGGCCUUUCAUAAUGAUCCCUUCGUCUAAUUUUGUCGAGUUUACUAUUGUUGAAUGA